AAAAAAAAUCCCUUAUCCAUGUGACGUCAGUCGGUGCCCUAAAAAAAUGGCGGAGUCGGAGGAGGAGGUGGACGUCUUGGUCCAAAGAGUUGUCAAAGACAUCAGUAACGCGUUCAAGAGGAAUCCCAACAUUGAUGAGAUUGGUGUGAUUCCAUGUCCAGAGGCCCGCUGCAACCGCAGUCCCAUUGUGUUGGUGGAAAACAAGCUGGGUGUUGAGAGCUGGUGUGUCAAGUUUCUGCUGCCAUAUGUCCACAACAAGUUGCUGCUCUACCGCCAACGCAAACACUGGCUCGACAGGGAAGCUUUAGUGGAUAUCACCUGCACUCUGUUGCUGCUCAACCCAGACUUUACCACCGCAUGGAAUGUCAGAAAGGAACUGUUGCAGUGUGGGGUUCUUAACCCAGAGAAGGACCUCUACCUGGGCCAGCUGGCCCUCACCAAAUUCCCCAAGAGCCCAGAGACGUGGAUACACAGGCGCUGGGUGCUGCAGCAGAAUUUGGAUCAGUUCCAUGCUGUGAGCUACAAUAAGAUUCAGGAGCAGCAGGGUGAAGCAGAGCAGCCAAAUGCAGAGAGCAGCCGACAGCUCAGUGACCAUCUGACCAGGACUCUCCACCAAGAGAUGAGGGUAUGCUCUGAUGCUGCCUGCCGCUAUCCCAGCAACUACAAUGCCUGGUCCCACCGCAUCUGGGUGCUGCAGCACAUGGCCAAAGGCAAUGGCAAAGUUUUCCAUGAUGAGUUGUCUUCUAUGCGCCUGUGGGUGUCCAUGCAUGUGUCGGACCACAGUGGCUUUCACUACCGCCAGUUCCUGCUCAAGGAGCUGAUCACUGAGCACUACCAGACUUCAGCUUUGGCCACUGUCAACGGUUCAUCCCAGCACUGGUCCCGCACAGUACCCAGUAGCGGUCCCCACCAGCACAGCUGCAGUCAGACUAAUGGGGAGCUGUCAGGAGCAGAGGCAGCCAAUGAGGAUGACAGACAACUGAGCUUCACCACAGUCCUUCAGCUUUUUCAACAAGAGAUGGAACUGUGCUCAGAUCUGAUUCAGUCCUUUCCUGGACACGAAACGCUCUGGAGUCACAGGCGACAUGUCUUCUACUUGUUGAACCAGUGGAAGAGGGAGCAUCAGUGCAGUAGCAGAGGAGACAGCAACUCCCUUCACCUCAGUGACUGUGAUCCAGGCAUGCCAGAGGCCAGCCCUCAAAGCUAUGCAGGCCGGGAGGAGAGUGUGAAUGGGCAGAGCCAUGCUAGUGAACCUAUGGAGCUAGACAGGGUGUCCUUGCCAAACCCGCAUGACAGCAAGCGACUGAAGAGAGGCGUCCUGCUGCCCGGCACCCCCACCCUGACCUCUGAGCACAGCUUUGUUAACAGUAUUUUGGACAGCUGCUGUAACCCCGAGCAGAGACGCUUCGCCGUGGCGUACAAGAAGUGGUUAGACACCGUUAUUGGCCUGCGGUCUUGAGAAAGAGAACAGUUGGCUCCAUUCUUUCUCAACACUCAAGUUGCCUUUAGUCUUAGUUUUAGGAUCAACUUACCUUUCUAUAGUACUGAGUUAAAUUAAUCGUACUUUAAAUGCAGUGGUGACUUCAGAAACCAGUCAUGGGGCAGCCUAUUUACUGUUCUAUCCUCUUGACAGUAGGUAGAGAGGAUGAGGAUCUUUUCCCUCACAAAUAUCUGGAUUCUCUUGAGCUUCAUCUGAGCCAGUUCCCUUCAGAAUGGAAAUCUCCCCACUGUGCGUCUGUUAGUAGAUUGUUUUCUUAUUUCAGGUGUUUCAAUGCCGAAGAUGGAAUUCCCACAUUUUAUUUUAUUGCCAGCAGGUGUUCAUCUGCACCCCUUACUUAUUUUUUGUUCAAAUUUUUCAGCAGAGAAUUUAAAUGAAGCUGCCACAGAUGCAAGAACAAUGUCAGAGGUGAGAGCAGAAUAGAUUUUACACUCUGUUAGACUUAUUAAAUUACAAUUGUUGGACAAGAGUGGACAAGAAAUUCUGAAAUACAGUAUAAAAGAAUGAAUAAGAUGUAACAUGGUUUGAUACAUUCUUAGAACUUAUUCCCUCCUUUUUACAAAUCUAAUAUCUAUGGUAGCAACCACUCUUUAAAGAAAAGUUACAUGUACAAGUGUCAGAAAAAUGCAAUUAUGAAAUAAAGCUAUAUUUUUAAAAGGGCUUUGAGUAAUAUAACUAUAAUGAAAGGAAAAAUUUUAUUCUAUAAAAUUGUUGCUAUCAAAGUCAGCAAAUAUAUUUUAAAAUAAAACGUUAUGUUUUAAUUAUCUGUACUUUAUUAUUAGCCCUCUGAAUUCCAAGCAGUGUCUGGGCAUCUUAUGCUCCUGUCAUAUUUUUAAGUUCUGCACCUCAGUUGUAACGGCACAACCAGAGCUGAAACUAGAGAAAACUCAGAAAUGUCUUUUGUGCUGUUUGACCUAAUUAGAACAUACAGCAUACGUACAUUUGUUACACCCUGUACAUUUUGUACAUUUAUCGUAUUGUGCAAGUAUGCUUUAUUGUCUUCUCGGCCUCUAAUUUGUUUCUAUCCUUGUUUCCUCUCUGCUCUGUUUAAGCAGUCUGCAGUUUACCUGAAAACUCUCAAAGUGCAGAAAUUUCUUUUAUAGGAAUCUGAUGCGAACAGUUUAUUUCUGGAGAAUCUUUAAUUGAUGAUUUUAGAAUGAAGUGUUGUUUUUUUUUUUGUGUGUGUGUGUGAAAUAUCCCAAUCUUAAGCAUAGGUUUGGUAAAUGUUCCCAGUAUCACACCUGAUAUGUUCAAGGACCGUAGGAAAGGAAUCCAUUUUUAAACUAACACUAAAGGCAAUAAGGUAUUUUAAGUCUUGGCCCUUUUAGAGCUAAUUAUAUCAAUUUGGAAUUAAAAAUGAAUGACCAUUACACUGAUUAAAUUGUCUUGAAAGACUUUCUAUAACCUAUGUUUAUGCCACUUUUGAUGAAUGUCUUAAAAUUCAGUCAGCCUUCCUUGGUUAAUAGUAGGUUUGAAGCACAGCCAGACUCUUUUUUUUUUUUUUUUUUUUUUUUUUUUUUUUUUUUCUUCUUGAUGGUUUAUUAGAUUUCCAUUCUGAAGGUGGUAACGUUUCUUUAAACCAUGCCAUUUUCUCUUUCUCUUUUCUUUUCCUGAUCCUUUGCUACUUCCCGGUUGGGUUCUAUAUGAUUUUAGUAGUAAAUCUAUUCAGUAUGUUCUAAGUAUGUAGCUGAGUGAAAUGUUACAGCAACAGAAAGCUCUGUGAACAAGUCAAACUUAGGAGUCUUCAUGCAGCCUGAAGCGCUUAAAUAGAUGCGCAGAGAAAUAUCAGCUUUACUACUUCAGCAGCACAGAUGUUUGACGUUGAAAGACAGAUUGCUGGGGAAUUGAGUUCCCUAAAUAUUAACUGGUGCUACAAACUGAUGUUACUACAACUACUUUAUGUGUUACAGGUGUAUCGUGUAUAACAGGUCAAAAAUUAAGAACACUAUGAAUUAUGUAAUGAUAUUAAUCGGUUAUUGUUUUGUGUAGUGUCAUUGCUAAACAACUACAUGACAAAUGCUUUUUUUAAGUAGCAGCUAUGUUGCCCUAUAGCUUCCUUUAAGCAUUUUAGGGCUAAGACGACUUUACAGACCUUGUUACAAUUAAAAGGUGUUUCCCCAAAAGCAUCAGAGCCAAGAGAUUAGAAAUAAUCCUGAGGGCUUCCUACACCCUUGUUGGAGGCACCUCGAACACAAGAUUUCAAGAAUGUUUGGAAGUAAGGCUUCAUCUUAUAUUUGUCCACUACUGACAUGACAAUAUUUGCAAUAGAUGCAUCACAGGAAAUGUGAUGUAAAGUCAAACACAUCCUGCUACAACAAAAAAAACCUCCCACAGUUCUCAUGUUCUACGGCUAAUCUAGAGGUCUGUCUUAUCAAACAUAGUUUACUCCGAUUUAAGGGUGCUUGAAAACCCUGAGUUUCUAAAAAACAAUGUACUCUCAAGGCAGAGUUUGCAUAGACAUGUAGGUUUCACAUGUACAGUGCGAAAUGAUUGACAGGAGAGAAGAACAGCAGAAAAACACUGAGAAAGAAGACUUGGUUGCAAACAGAAAUGCAACAGUGGUGUUUGACAAUGUUUUGGCCACAUAGAGAAUGAAAAAUGGGGACAAAAUAUUCCAACUCUUGUCCAAUUGAGCUGACAGUUUCUGACAUCAGUCAUCCCCUAUCCUUAAUAUGACGUGUACAUUUUGUUGAAAUUUAAAGGAACCAGCACGCUUCAAUUUUAGGAUUAAUGUGAGAGUGACAUCUGACUUGAGCAGGAAUGGAAUUCAUCAAGAGUUACUUUCUUAAACAUCCACCUGGUGAAAUGUUUUACUGAAGGCAACAAAUUGAACACUGUAGCCUGUUUAUUGCACAAAUUUUGUUUUCAUACUGAAAUAUUCCAAGUAUAAAACACUUCUUUGAACACGUUCACACUUAUUUUGUGAUGGAUGUAUUUUAAAUAGAUAAAAGGGCUUCUAGCCAGUUUCUGUAAAAUGUUUUUUAGCCCAUUUCAGCACAGCAAUCACCUGGUCUUAAUGCACAUAUUCAUACUAAUGUGCAGUAUAAAUUUAAGAGUGUACUUUCACAUAGAAGACAGUUAUGACUUUCAAGAUCAAUCAUUUUUGGGUUGACAAACUAGCUAGGUAUCAGUAUGCCAGCUGCUUUAUGUCAUUACUGCAUAAAAAUAGAGCUAACAACAGCAGGGUUACAAUUCACAUCAUGUCUUUGUUAAGGAAUAAUUUGGAGCACUCUCCUUUAAAGUUACUUGCUGAACCUGCACAGUUCAUCCCGUCAGUUAUACAAGCGCAUCUCAUAUAAAUAGAACAUGGUGGAAAAGGUUCAAUAUUUUCAUCAGACCUUGCUCAAAAUGAAAAACAUACUCUAGGAUCAGUACACAUGAAAUCAAUCUGAUAAUAUUCAAAGGAUCAACAUAGAUCAAUUACAAGAGGAUUUAUAAUCACAAAAAUAUCCAAAUUCUGAAAAGUUCUUCAGUAGACAAAGCCAUGUAGUGCUCCAAACUCUGCUCAUAGCCUGCUGUGCUGUGGACCUGAUUAUUCAUGGUGAUCAACAACAGCAGAUGACGUGGCACCCAAAUCAUCACUGACUGUGGAAACUUCACACGAGACUGAAAGCAGCUUUGAUCCCGUGGCUCUCCACUCUUCUUCCAAACUCUGGGACCUUCAUUUCCAAAAGAAAUGCAAAAUUUACUUUCACCUGAAAGGAAGACUUUGGAUCACUUAGCAACACUCCAGUUCUUUCUCUGCUUAGCUCAGGUAAGAUGCUUCAGAUUUGUUGGAUGUUCAGGAGUGACUUGUGACAUUUUCAGCCCACUUCCUGGACACGUCUGUUCUGGUGGCUCUGGAUGCACUGGUUCCAGCUUCAGUACACUGCUUGUGAAUCUCUUCCACAUUCUGGAAUCUGCUUUUCUUGAUCAUUCUCUCAGGUCUGCAGUCAUCCCUUUUACUUUCUCCUACCAUGCUUUUACUUCCAGUUACCUUUCAUUAAUAUGUGAACAGCCAGCCCUUUCAGAUGUGCUUCUGAGUCUGACCCUCCUUGUGGAGGGUGUCAGUGAUUGUCUUCUGGACAAGUGUCAAGUCAGCAGUAUUCUCCAUGAUUGUGGUUGUUUGUGCUGAACCAGACUGAGAAAUGAAAGGCUGUUUGCAGGUAUUGUCAGUUAAUUAGCUGAUUCGACUUCUUGUAUCUAGGUGUACUUGAUUGACAUCUCUGUGGCCCUCUUUGCAGUAUUCUUAUAUUUUGGAAGGGGUGGGUGGGAGCUGUAAGCUGAUCUCAUCAAAGUUAAAACAAAUGAGGGCUUCAAAUAUUUAAGUAUGCAUUCUGAGUGUACUAUAUUCAUAUAGUAAACUCUCUAUAUGUAUCACUUUGAGCAAUGUCUUGUGAAAAAUAUUGAACCUUUUCCACCAUAUUAUAAGAGGGUGCACUUGCAUAGAAAGUGUAGCUCCUCCUGCUAUAAUCUGUCAUCUAUUCUGAUUAAAAUAAAUAAGAAUGGUAUUCUUAAAUUUGUGUCUAACAGAUCUGUCUGACCUGUGUUCCUCAAAAAACAGAAUGGCCUGCAGUUUGAACAGACUUCAUCUUUUCUCUAAGGAUGUUAUGGAAUGCUGUUACAAGUUUUUUAGUUCUGUCGAUGGUAUUCCAGACACGCAAAUGAGAAAAUACGUGAACUUUCACAGAUGAUAAUGUCUUACCAGUAUAGCCAUUAUUUAUAUGGGCACAAAAGUAUUCACACCGUACACUAUGUGGUCACAUGUAUUCCUUAUCACAUCAGAAAUGUGGCAGGAGCAUAAAUGUUGAGUCUUUGAUGCAGUUUGGGUGUUGUCACCUCCGUAUAUAGUGGUUUGAGAUUCAAAGGAAAUUUGGUUUUAGUGACCACUGUGUGCACAGGUUGCAUAGACAAAAACGUCCUGGCUCACUUUAAGUCGAUCUUCAUGUGCUUCCAUAUAACUCUUAGCUUCUUUUAGAACCUUCAGCGUAAGAGUUGAAGUCUGAUGCUUUGUCAGCUUGAAUGGCUGUGUAAAUGGUCAUCGAUAAUCUUGAAGCUCGUAUUAUUAAUACUAUUAUUAUUAUUUUGUGUAUUCAUCAGGAAUAGGUGCAUAUCAGAACUGUAUUGUGGGAGUAUUUUAACAUACUUGCACAUGAGAUUUGAAUACAAGACUACCUAUGCAGAAAUGUUUUUAAAGGUUCAACGUGCUUUUCAAAACAGUAAUGUAGCAUCUGUUUUUUGUUUGUUUUUAAAUUGUUAUUCAUUUGACUUCAGGGGAGGCUAUGCCCCCAUCAUCUCAUCAGUUUUCUUAUUUAUAGAGUGAAAGUAAUAUAUCUUCACUUUCAGUGUUUCAUGAUCUGCUUACUAAGAAAAUAAAGCUUAUCUGUUCAUA